AUAAAGGCCCGCCCUAGACCUACACAGGGCGGUUUUGAAGCUAUCACCUCAAAGUCGUGGCGGCUGCGCCCCGGACGUCCCGCUGACUGCGCAGGUGCUUCUGAGAAAUGUCUACCAACGAGACAGAAGCCCCUGCUGACACCCAGGCAACAGCUGAAGAACCGGUACAGCAGCCCAGCGUGGUGGACCGAGUGGCCAACAUGCCCCUCAUCAGCUCCACCUGUGGCAUGGUAUCGGCAGCCUACACCUCCACCAAGGAGAGCUACCCCCAUAUCAAGACUGUCUGCGAUGCGGCGGAGAAAGGCGUGAAGACCCUCACAGCAGCAGCCAUCAGCGGGGCCCAGCCCAUCCUGUCCAAGCUAGAGCCCCAGAUCACAUCAGCCAGUGGCUAUGCCCACAGGGGGCUCGAUAAGCUGGAGGAGAACCUGCCCAUCCUACAGCAGCAGCCGGAGAAGGUCCUGGCGGAUACCAAGGAACUCGUGUCGUCCAGGGUGUCGGGGGCCCGAGAAGCUGUGUCCAACACGGUGUCCAGCGCCAAGGACACAGUGGCCACCCGAAUGACAGAGGCAGUAGAUGUGACCCGGGGAGCUGUGCAGAGCGGAGUGGACAUGACCAAAUCCGUGGUGACCAGCAGCGUCCACUCGGUCAUGGGGUCCCGCGUGGGCCAGAUGGUGCUGAGCGGAGUGGACACGGUGUUGGGCAAGUCAGAGGAGUGGGUGGACAACCACCUGCCCAUGACAGACUCCGAGCUGGCCCACCUCGCCACAUCCGUGGAGGGCUCUGACGUGGCCUCAGUGCAGCAGCAGCGGCAGGAGCAGAGCUACUUCGUGCGUCUGGGCUCCCUGUCGGAGCGGCUGCGCCAGCGGGCCUACGAACACUCACUGGGAAAACUGCAGCACACCAGGCAGAGGGCCCAGGAGGCCCUGCUGCAGCUGACGCAGGCGCUCAGCCUGAUGGAAACUGUCAAGCAGGGAGUUGAUCAGAAGCUGGUGGAGGGUCAGGAGAAACUAUCCCAGAUGUGGCUCACCUGGAACCAGAAGAAGCAGCUCCAGGGCGCAGAGGGGGACCUGCCCAAGCAAGAGCAGGUCGAGUCCCAGACGCUCACCAUGUUCCGGGACAUUGCCCAGCAGCUGCAGGCCACCUGCACCUCUCUGGGGUCCAGCAUCCAGGGGCUGCCCACCCACGUGAAGGACCAGGUGCAGCAGGCUCGGCGCCAGGUGGAGGACCUCCAGGCCACCUUUUCUGGCAUUCACUCCUUCCAGGACCUGUCCAGCAGCGUCCUGACACAGAGCCGAGAGCAAGUGGCCAAGGCCCGGGAGGCCCUGGACCACAUGGUCGAGUACGUGGCCCAGAGCACACCCAUCACCUGGGUGGUGGGACCCUUCGCCCCUGGAGUCGCUGAGAAAGCCCAAGAAGAAAAGAAGUAGGAUAGACAGUAAGGGGGCUCAGCAACUCAGUCCCUCUCCUAGGGGACCAGCAAGGAGCCCUGAACCCCCAUCCCCUACCCCCCAGCCUAUCAGCUGCCACCCUGGGAAGCUGGGGCCUCUCACAGACCAGUCCCACCCCCUCUCUGAGCCCGGAGGAGGCAUGUUCUGACCUUAUCAGUCAUUCGUGUGAGGUAUCUGGAAAUUUUUUUCUAGAAGCCUUUAAAACAAUUGUUUUAGAAGAAGGUCCCAACUUUUUUUUUCUUUCUUAAAAACCAGGGACAUAGUUCUCCCAUCCCACUUCCUUUUCUACAUCCAGAGCCCCAGACAUCAGUCUUUAGGAACUGGACUUGGACCUCCGGCCUGAGAAGUGGGCCUCCUGCCACAGGGUGGGGGUGGGGCUCCCCAGCGCUUUGUAGAGCAGAAAGGGGCCGAGGCCUGCCCAGCAGCUCAUAGGUGCCUGGAGCUUCAGUGUCGCCUUAAUAAAUUUUACCUGCAGCUAAUUGCAA